UUUGCCUCCGCCCCUAGAUGGCUCUUCGGAGAAAUAAACUUCUGACAGCAGAGAGGAAGCUAAGUUUAUUAACAAUCAUUCAAAACCACAUUAGAAAAUGUCUAUUGAAAUUGAAUCAGCCGAUGUCAUUCGUCUUAUCCAGCAAUUUCUGAAAGAGUCGAAUUUGAUGAGGACUCUUCAAAUUCUCCAGGAUGAAACAGGCAUUUCACUCAACACAGUUGACUCAGUGGAAUCUUUUGCAGAUGACAUUCUCAGUGGACACUGGGAUACAGUUUUAAAAGCAACACAGUCCCUUAAACUUCCAGACAAAAAAUUAAUUGACCUUUACGAGCAGGUUGUUUUAGAACUAAUUGAACUCCGUGAGUUGGGAGCAGCCAGAUCCCUUUUACGUCAGACAGAUCCAAUGGCCCUUAUGAAACAACAAGAACCUGACAGAUACUUGAGCUUAGAAAACCUACUGGCUAGAUCUUAUUUCGACACACGUGAGGCAUAUCCUGAAGGAAGCAGUAAAGAAAAGCGGCGGGCGGCUAUUGCUCAAGCCUUGAGCGGAGAAGUAUCAGUCGUACCACCGUCUCGUCUACUCGCUCUGCUUGGCCAAUCAUUGAAAUGGCAGCAGCAUCAAGGGUUGUUGCCUCCUGGAACUAGUAUCGAUCUUUUCCGCGGUAAAGCAGCCAUCAAAGAACAGGAAGAAGAGCAGCCACCUACCCAACUUACAAAGCACAUCAAAUUCGGUCAAAAAUCACACGUUGAGUGUGCAAAAUUUUCACCUGAUGGACAGUAUCUCGUAACUGGUUCUGUCGAUGGUUUUAUUGAAGUUUGGAACUUUACCACCGGCAAAAUUCGAAAAGAUCUCAAAUAUCAAGCUCAGGACAACUUUAUGAUGAUGGAAGACGCUAUUCUUUGCCUAACCUUCAGUCGCGAUUCUGAAAUGCUAGCUAGUGGCUCACAAGAUGGAAAAAUUAAAGUAUGGAAAAUUCAAACAGGUCAAUGUUUGCGGAAAUUUGAAAAAGCUCAUAGUAAAGGUGUGACUAGUAUGCAAUUCUCUAAAGACAACAGUCAGUUAUUGACAGGAUCAUUCGACAUGUCCGUCAGAAUCCACGGUUUGAAAUCCGGCAAGACACUCAAAGAAUUUCGUGGCCAUACUUCUUUCGUCAAUGAGGCCAUCUUCACAGCAGACAGCCAUCAUGUAUUGAGUGCUUCGUGUGAUGGCAGUGUUAAAGUUUGGAGUAUGAAAUCGGGCGAGUGUGUCUCCACGUACAAAUCGCUAGGUGGUACAGCCAGCGGUGAUUUAACAAUUCAUACUAUUACCAUCCUACCCAAAAACCCAGAACAAUUUAUCGUCAGCAACAAAAGCAGCACCGUAGUUAUCAUGAACAUGCAGGGACAGAUUGUUAGGUCGUUUACGAGCGGUAAGCGCGAUGGUGGUGACUUCGUUUGCUGUACUUUAUCUCCGAAGGGCGAAUGGAUUUACUGCAUCGGUGAAGACAUGGUUCUUUACUGUUUUUCAAUUGCAUCUGGCAAACUUGAAAAGACGUUGACGGUACACGAGAAAGAAGUCAUUGGCAUCAGCCAUCACCCACACCAAAAUCUUUUAUGUACCUACAGUGAAGACGGAUUCCUGAGAAUGUGGCGACCUUGAACACAUUGACGGAUCUAUUUCAAUGAGAAUAAAAUACAAGUGUCGUUUUUGUGAAAGUA